AUGGACACAAGAUUCACCGAAAUUUACAAUAAACAUAAAGAUAAAAUCAAACAAAAUGUUGAUUUACUUUACUUAUUCACCAAUUGGUAUAUUCAAUCGAGAAACUUUGAUUUGUUAAUCGAUGAUAAAAAAGUCAAAAUACUUGAUAAUUUGAAGAUGAAAAGUAUCGACUUUCCAAUUAAAUUAGUUAAUGAUAAAGAUUUCGUGAUGUUGAUGAUGUUAUCUUCCGACGACGAUACAUUUUAUGCUUAUUUUGAAGGAUCAAAUCAAAAUUCAAAAACGGUUCCAAUAAUGCUCAAGGCACAUCUUUACAAGAAUAACUUAGUCGAUAUUGAUGGCACAAUUAGCAUUGUGCAGCAAUUCGAUGAUGCUAUUGAACAGAUACAGAAGAUAGAAUAA